AUGGCGAAUGCUCUAUCCGUUGCUGAACUGGCGAUCUAUAUUUCCCUCGCCUUCCCAACAGUAUACCUCAUCAUCAAACAUGGACGCCAGGGCUUGCUAGGGUGGCUCUUCCUUUUCAUCUUUUGCACACUAAGAAUUAUUGGCGGUGCAUUGGCAAUCAACAGCUCCAGUCCCACGGCGAAUAUCAUCUCCAGCGUCGGACUAUCCCCUCUCCUUCUCGCAGCAAGCGGUAUUUUACAUGAAGCUCGCAUCUAUCGCAUAUCCUGUCUCGAUCAAAAGAUUGAACGGGCCCUAUCACUCUUCUACAAUAUCUUCGUCACUGGCGGCGUCGCUUUGACUGCGGCGGGAUCUGCAAAGCUCCAAAAAUACCAACAACCUAUUGAGAAGGCGGAGAAUAUCGUUAAAGCUGGAAUUGCAAUUUUGACCAUCUGCUGGGCUGCAUUGGUUCCAGGGACUGUUUUCUCAUUCAUCACGCCUGCGAGAAAAAGCGCGGGUGGGCGCUGGUACAAUAUUGCUUACGGCUAUUGCAUUUGCUCUGGUGUUCAUUGGCAUUCGCGUUUUUAUAGUCUCGUCUACCUGUGUACUCAGAAGCAAUAUCUCAGCCCGACUACUGGCUCGCUCGCUAUCCGCGUGAUUUUGGGCUUCUUGCCUGAGCUUAUUGCUGUUAUCUCUUUGAUCAUUGCUGGGUUUAUGACUCAGGGUGCAUCUAGGGAGUCGCGUGAAGAGCGCGAGUUGCCAAUAGGUCACAUGUCUACUUCCCCAGUCUCGCUAUCGCGAAAUUGA